UGUACUCUCUACAACUGUGUUCUUACAAUUUCCCUGAAACAACGUUUUCCUUGAGGCCUGAUAAGAUAAUAAGAAUUCUUUCCUGUAUACACAGAAAAUAAAAUGGAAACCAUUCUAGGAUUUAGUCACAUGAGCUGGCUCAUUGUAUUCUGCUCUACAUUACAUGUCGCGAAAGGUAUGGAUGGAACAUCUGUUGAAAAUGUUGACUGUAUUGUUCGCUCAUAUACAUUUAAGAAUCCUACUAUGAAUUGUACUUGGAAUGCUGGUAAAAAUGCUCCUCCAGACACCUGGUAUUUUAUGUACUUAGCAUAUCACAAGGCUACAGAUAAUGAGUGUCCACAUUACAUAAGUAACACAUUUGGAAGACACAUUGGUUGCUACUUCCCUGAUGUUAUAGCAAAUCAAUAUCGUGUGGUUAUUACAAUAAAUGGAUCAAGCAAACACUCUCCAAUUCAGUCGUAUGUUGAUGAUUUCCGACUUUAUGAGAAAGAACAGUUUCGACCUCCCCAAAAUAUUACUGUGGAUUAUAGUUCACCAUUAUAUUAUAAUGUCCAGUGGGAACCUCCUCCAAACUCUCGUAAACUUGGAAGUAAUUGCUUUAAGUUCCAAAUAAAGGAUGAACGCAGGAAUACAAUCAUGAAUGUAACAGAAAAAACAUACAAUUUCGCAAAGCCUGCAAAAUAUAUCUUGAGAAUUCGCUCAGUUGGACGCUUUACGUGUCCAAUUUCAAAAGAAAUGAAUGGAGAAUGGAGUGAACCUAUUGAGUUUGGUACUGACCCUGAUGUGUUCCCUACACUGCCUUUAAUCUUUGCUGCACUUGGAACCAUAAUGAUAAUUGUGCUUUUGACCUUGAUUUGUAAAAGGAACCACAUAUGGGGAAAACUUACUGACCCAGUUCCCCAACCAAAAGAUAUGUGGCAACAUGAGAAGAAUGUGGAGAAGUGGGUGACCCCAGUACCUAUAGCAGGUGAAUCAAUAACAGUGGUUGAAGAAAUGUCUGCCGUCUCCCCAAAAGUAUGAGGCAUUGUCCAC